UUCCACUCCAAUGGUUUUGUUCUUCUUGAGAGAGAGAGAGGGAGGGAGGGGCAGAGAUGUUGAAGUUUCUGUCGAAGGUGAAGAUCGAGUUCAAUGCAUUGGACACACGAACUGCAGCGUGCAUGGAGUUUCUGGCACAGUGCAACGCACGCAAGGCGAAGGAAUCGAACCCAGCGUGUCAGCUUCUGGUGAAGCGGCGAACAGACGAUCACCCUCCUCAAAUCACCGUGACCUUCGUGAACGGCGUCGAAGAGGUGAUCGAUGCCACCUCCACCUCAGCCCAGAACAUCAGGACUAUGAUUCUGGAGAAGGGUCAGCACCUUGAGACUGAGCAAAUGUUCCGCGACGCCGGUGAGCAAUGGCCUGUCAUUAUCCCUGAAGAGGAGCUCCACCAACGCGCACCUGGUACCAAGCCUAGGAAAGCAGAAGAGAAGAAGCAAUGACUGUGCCUUGCUGAUACUCUUACCUAUCGUGUAGGUCAUUUUGAAUAUGCAUUGCAGCAUUACCUCUGGUAUGGAAAUCCUUGUACUAAUUUUCAUUUAUUACAUUUCAAUAAGUUUUUGUUCACAACUUGAGUGCCAUGUAACUUCAAUCAAUGCAGCCAGUGCAUAUCUGCAAACAUUUCAUUGAGACCUGUUACUUUAAAUGGUUUUUCUUUCUCUUUUGAUCA